UUCAGGAAUUGAUAUUUUCAUCAGGGUCAGUUGGCUACACAAUUUAUCAACUUAAAAAAGUAGAUCUAUAUCAAAUAAAGCCAAAGAAAAUCAAGAAACAUAUUUGACUUUAUGAGAACAUGAUAAAGAUACAUGUGUGUAGUUAUAUUUACCUGGCUUUACUUGUAGUAUUUAGUCCAGUGGAUCUGAACGACAGCAAUCAAGCAUCGGAUAAAAGUACCUUGUGCAGUUCAUGUACCUGGAGACAGAACAGCAAGAAUUCCAGAUUAGAAGCUAUUAAAAUUCAGAUCCUUAGCAAACUUCGACUGGAGCAGGCACCUAAUAUUAGUAAGGAUGCUAUAAAACAUCUUUUGCCUAAGGCUCCACCAUUGCAAGAACUGAUUGACCAAUAUGAUGUCCAAAGGGAUGACAGCAGUGAAGGCUCUAUGGAAGAAGAUGAUUACCACGCUACCACUGAAACAAUCAUCACAAUGCCUACAGAACCCGAUAUUCCAACUACAGAAAAAACAAAAUGUUGCUUCUUUAAAUUUAGCUCUAUAAUUCAAUACAAUAAAAUUGCAAAAGCCCAGCUCUGGAUUUAUUUGAAGCCAGUCCAAAAGCAUAUGACCGUUGUUCUACAGAUCUUCAGAAUCAUCAAGCCUCUGAAAGAUGGCACAAGGCAUAUUGGAAUCCGAACUCUAAAAAUUGAUAUGAACCCAGGUUCUGGUAUUUGGAAAAGUAUUGAUGUGAAAACAGUGAUGCAAAACUGGUUAAAACAACCUGAAUCAAAUCUAGGCAUUGAAAUUAAAGCUUCUGAUGAAAAUGGACGUGAACUGCCAAUCACCUACCGUGCCUCCAAUGAGGAUGGACUGAAUCCAUUUAUGGAGGUAAAAGUGAUGGACACCCCAAAAAGAUCCCGAAGAGAUUUUGGCCUUGACUGUGAUGAACAUUCUACAGAAUCCCGGUGCUGCCGUUAUCCACUAACUGUUGAUUUUGAAGCUUUUGGAUGGGACUGGAUUAUUGCACCAAAGCGUUAUAAAGCCAAUUAUUGCUCUGGAGAAUGUGGGAUAGUUUUUCUACAAAAAUUCCCACAUACUCAUAUUGUUCAGCAAACAAAUCCCAGAGGCUCAGCAGGUCCAUGCUGCACCCCAACCAAAAUGUCCCCAAUUAAUAUGCUAUAUUUUAAUGAAAAUGAACAAAUUAUCUAUGGAAAAAUUCCAGCAAUGGUGGUAGAUCGCUGUGGUUGCUCGUGAGUACCAUUCUAACCCAUUAUUUUAUUGGAACUGAGGUAUAAUCUUACUUCCUCUACAAUCUGUACAAUAUAUUAAGAGCCGGCCAACUGUAAAGCAUCAAUAGCCACCAAGAUAGCUAUAUGAGAUAAAAGGGGAAGGCAUUGUGCAUAGCAAUGCAUAGGUUCAAAGGAAUUAUGUUUUGUAAAUUUUCUGAAACCCAACAAUAUAACAUUAACUGUAAAUAUAAUAUUAAAAGUAAAAUUGCAAUUUUUAAUCGAUUAAAGCAUAACAAUUUUGGCACAUUCAAAGCUUCGUUCUGCAAAAUUUGGGCUUUAUUCCAAAUCCCAAAAUAUAAGCAAGCACUAUAUAUGGGUACAGUAUUUAAAAACAAGAGUUUCUUUGAAAGCCAGAAUUACAACUACGCAUCACUACUUUUUUAACAAUGUAAAUUCACACUUUACCUAUUUUUCAUUUACCUUUAAAUAAUAGUAAAAAAAAAUCUUUAAUUUUAAAUAUGACAUAUUUUUAGUUUGAAUGUAUAGGGACCCCUUUCCGAAGCCACAGGCCAACAAGGGAACCUGUCCACCUAGUAUUACAGCGAAUAAUAGCAAACACUGUACGUCCGUUUCCCAUAUGUGCUACUGCACAAACACUAGCUUGUGCAGCACUGCACCUGUCAAUCACCCCAAACAAACGUUUUCAGGUGAUGUAUAUCCUCCAACUCAGAGGUGGUGGAGAGGGUAAGACGCAGUGGUUGGGUGAUAGCUGCUUCUUACAUUGCAUGAUUGAGCCUGCCCCACAUGGGCUCUUUAGCAGCAUUCACAGCUUAGUACAUGGAGCCCAUAGGGGCAUAUUUAUGAUUGUGUGAGCGGACAUGAUACGAUCAUGUCCGCUGCACAUCGAUAAAUGCUGACAGCAUACGCUCUCGGCAUUUAUCAUUGCACCAGCAGUUCUUGUGAACUGCUGAUGCAAUGCCGCCCCCCUGCAGAUUUGCGGCCAAUUGGCCACUAGCAGGGGGUGUCAAUCAACCCGAUCGUAUUCGAUUGGGUUGAUUUCUGUCGAUUUCUGUCUGCCACCUCAUAGCAGGCGGACAGGUUAUGGAGCAGCGGUCUUUAGACCGCUGCUUCAUAACCUCUGUUUCUGGCGAGCCUGAAGGCUUGCCGGAAACACGGUGCAUCAAGCUCUGUACGGAGCUUGAUAAAUAUGCCCCAAAGUGUCAAGAAACAGCCCCUUAAAAAUGUUGGUUGCAUAAAUAAAGCAAAUAUUAUUGUAUUACUAUUUGUCACAUGAAACAUUAAAACCGGAAUACAUUAUAGGGACAUAAUGAUAAACAGUAUUCUGAGGCUGCUUUGCAAAGAUUCCAAAAUUGGUACCUUGUUCACAUUUUCUCCAAGCAGAGGUAGGCACAGAUUGUGCACAGACAGGAUUGGCAGAGUAGUUACCAAAAAGCAGCUUUCUAUAAUGUGAGAUUGGAUACUUGGGCGUGUAACAAAUGCUGAUCAUUGUACUAAAAGGAAAACAAAAAAGUAGAUUUUUUAAAUACUUUAUAUUACAAAAUGUGCUACAAUCAUAUACAUAAUAAACAUUUAAGUAUAUUUUGAUACAAAAUGAUAGAAUUUUUUAAAAUUAUUCCCAUGUUAUUAACUCUGCAAUAAGAAAGAUCCGGCAAUAAGGCACGGCAGGCAUCAUCAGUAAUGAAUUGUGUUGAAGUUUCUCAUUGGCUGCAUAUUUAUUGCUUCCUGGAAACAUGACUUACCUAUAGGUUAAGCAAUCCUACUUUGGGAUAUCCAGAUAUACUAGAAUUAAGUGCUUCACAUGAAUAGUUGGUAAAAAAAAAAUGUCAAAAAUAGUCUGAAAGUUAUAUUCAGGCUUACACAUCAAGUUUAUAAUGAAAAGAAAAAAAUCUCGCUAUUUGCAAAUAUGGUAACCUGUAUGUAUUAAUGCAGCUACAGACAUGUGGCGCAUUACUUGCAUUGGGAAAUUUAAAUGUAUUUUUAACAUUAAUAUAAUAUGUUGUGCUUGUCACUGCUGUUAUAUGGCAGUUGCUACCAUAGACACUCUUGUUCCGUGCUUUUGUAACACCAGAUUAACCCUUUCAAAAACAAAUAUUUUUUUCUACAUCAGAAGUGUGGUAAAUGGUUGGAACCUGCUGCACACAUCUGUAUAGCAGUGAGUCCGUGGGAGUAAUGUCAACUGAAACUUACUGGAAUGUAAAGGUAGCAGACAAGAUUUACACAUAUAAAAUGACUCUUUCCAUUUGGAACACCUCCGUUAACUAUUUACUUUUUAUUUAACAGUUCUUACGACCAUCCUAAAAAAUGAUGACACAUUAGUGACACUUACCUGAACAACUGACUUGAAUUGUUUUUUUUUUAGCCAACUUUUUUUUUAUCUUUUGCCAUAUAUCCAAAGGUCAAUGAUGGAUGUUCCUUUUUAUUCUAAUUUACUUAAUGAAAAGGCCCCAUAAAGAAAGAAAUAAUACCAAUCUGUGCUUUCUUAUUUACAACCUGACAAUUUGCACUAUGCAAAUCAAAUGCAAAUAAUUGCUAUAGAUCUUGAAAAACAAAAUUUUUUUUUUGUUUUUUUUUAAAUCAUAAUAGACGCACUGCAAUAUUUUGUAAAUACAUGUAUCAUUUAUUAUAACUGUACAUUUUUUUAUUAUAUUUCUGAUAAGUGCUAUUAUGGUAAAAUGAUAUUACGUAAAUAAAUACAUAUACUUGAAAA